AUGUCGACAGACUCUCACCAUCACAAAAACCCAAGCGCUACAACCGCUAUAACAAUCUCACUGCUAUCCUUUAUCCACCUAAUAAUCAUCCUCGCAAUAUCCGUAUAUCUUUAUAGGACAGCUUCUCCUUCGGCAAUACUGAACUGGACCUCCUUCCUUGGAAUUCAGUCCACCGUGCUUGCUAGCAUUCAGUAUAUCCCGCAGAUUUUCACAACAUACAAACUCAAAGCAGUAGGGAGCUUAAGUAUCCCAAUGAUGUGCAUUCAAACACCUGGAUCAUUCGUUUGGGCUCUAUCUUUGGCUACUAGGGAGGGAACAGAUUGGAGCAGCUGGCUGGUAUACUGCGUGACAGGAGUUUUGCAAGGAAGUUUGCUUGUAAUGGCGAUAAUAUUCGAAAGGAAAAGGAAGCAAGAAGAGGCAGAUGCCGCUCUCUUCGUGGACCGUGAGGAUGAAGAUGAUUCAUAUGUUCACGAAGCUGAUAACUCUUGGGGAGGAAGGGCCAGACAUGCAAAUGUCAACGAAAGGACCCGGUUGUUGCCUGACGAAGAUGAGGCGGAUUUGUAG